AUGGGUUCUGAGCGUGAGAACAAGACGUUCCUCGCGCGGCUCUGCGAGCAAGCUGAGCGCUACGAUGAAAUGGUUCUAUUCAUGAAGGAAGUCGCCAACAUUGGCGGCGAACUCACUGUCGAUGAGCGAAACCUCCUCUCCGUAGCUUACAAGAACGUUGUUGGUACUCGUCGUGCCUCGUGGCGCAUUAUCUCCUCCAUCGAGCAGAAGGAGGAAUCCAAGGGCUCCGACGAGCAUGUGACCAUCAUCCGUGAUUACCGUCAGAAGAUUGAGACAGAGUUGGAGCAAGUGUGCCAGGACGUUUUGGAUGUCCUUGACGAGGCCUUGAUCCCCAAGGCCGAGACUGGCGAGUCUAAGGUGUUCUAUUACAAGAUGAAGGGCGACUACCACCGUUAUCUGGCUGAGUUCGCUUCUGGUAACAAACGCAAGGUUGCCGCCACUGCUGCCCACGAGGCUUACAAGAACGCUACCGAUGUUGCCCAAACUGAUCUCACUCCUACCCACCCCAUCCGCCUUGGUCUUGCUCUGAACUUCUCCGUUUUCUACUACGAGAUCCUCAACUCUCCCGAUCGUGCAUGCCAUCUCGCUAAGCAGGCAUUCGAUGACGCCAUUGCCGAGCUGGACUCACUUUCCGAAGAGAGCUACCGUGACAGCACUCUUAUCAUGCAACUCCUGCGGGACAACCUGACCCUCUGGACCUCGUCAGAGGGCAACGAGGGUGAGAGCGCUGCUCCCAAGGAGGAGAAGACCGAGGAGGCCGCUGCCGCUCCUACCGAGGAACAACCUGAGGAGGCUAAGCCUGCUGAGACUGAGUCCUAG